AUGGAGUUCCUACUGGGAGGCCUUUCGUCCUGCUGUGCCGUUUUAUUCACCAAUCCGUUCGAUGUUCUUAAAACACGUCAACAGCUGGAGGGGGAACUGCUAGCGAGAGGCAGCGUUGCGAAUCGAGCCUACAAGGGAAUGUGGCAGUCGAUCCGUUCGGUCGUACAAUCCGAUGGACUCCGAGGGCUUCAGAAAGGACUACCGGCCGCUGCUUUGUACCAAUUCACGAUGAACAGCGUUCGGUUGGGAACCUUCCAAACGGUGGACAAUUUGGGGUGGACCAAAAGUGACAAUGCAUUUGUGUCACCAUUUCUGUCGGUGUUUUGGGGAGGUUUUGCCGGGGUCAUCAGUGCCACGGUAUCGUGUCCGGUUUACGUCGUUAAGACACAGUUACAGGCAGUUAGUUCCGGUAGCUACACGGCAAAGUUCCAGCAUCGGCAUAGUGGCACAAUCGCAGCAUUUGUCAACAUGUACAGACAGAGUGGCGUUCGUGGAUUGUACCGAGGAUACACGGCCAAUUUGGCACGGGUUGCCAUAGGAUCAUCCACCCAGAUGGCUUCCUUUACUACCUGCAAAGAUUUCUUAACAAAGUACGAAACGUUCCGGGAUUCCGUGGUGCUGACAGCCUUGGCCAGCAGUACCGUAGCGGGUUUUUUCACGUCGGUACUGAUGUCGCCAUGCGACGUUGUUACCACCAGAAUGACAAAUCAAGGUGUUUCCGAAACCGGAAGAGGACUAUUGUACGAAAACAUUUUCGAUUGUUUCGUGAAAGUUUACCGUGCCGAAGGCAUUCACGGGAUGUACAAGGGAUUUGUGCCACUCUACAUACGCGUCGCGCCCCACACCGUGCUGAAUUUGACCUUUUGGGAGUUCUUCAAAAAUGUGCAUGAUUCGUAUUCGAAAAGAGAUCCAACCAUCGCUGCUGUCGUGGAACGAUAA